ACUGAAAUACAACCAACCUUCCAACAUCUUUCACUUCUGCAUUCCUAAUCGACCUUUCAAACCCAAGUCGAGUCCUAAGCAGAGUCCUAAGCAGUAGGUAUUUCACACCAAACUUGAACCUCUGUCAACCCUCACGAGCUACCUACCCGGUAAAUACCUACAACUCAAGCUUGUACACUCAAGCUUGUCGCUCUACACAAUGGCGUCGCAGCUCCUGUUUGUUCUGUGCAUCAAUCAUUAUCAAUCAUCAUCAAUCAUCAUCAUGGUGGUCUAUUCACUCCAACUUUUCCAAUAACACCUUUACUCGAGUAAUGCUAAACAACCUCCCCCAUUCACAGCUGACUACAGGAUCAACAUAAAAUAUCCUUUCUAUUGCGACCCUUCAUUCUUACUGGAUCAUCUUAACUUGGCGUGCAACGAAUUUCGUAUCAAACCCCACCAAAAACCUGACGACAGUCGGCUUGGCAUACCUACUUGCUACAUCACUGACCCCUCAAAAGCCUUCAAUCUGGUGGUCCACUAAUCUCCUCAUGUUCAUCUUCUUUUCUAGGUGCUCUGGUUGUGUUCGAGUUAACUCCUCUGUAAGUUAAACAACUAUUCGAACAUAUCGUCGCAAAUAUGCCUUUGUUCAGCAGCUCGACGCUGCUUCUUUCGUUCGCAGUCCUUCUACUACUGGCACAUCCAGCUCAUGCUUUUGGCGCUGGAAAUAUCGCAUCAGUCUCGAAAGUUUCAGGAGUAAAUUGUGAGUUCAUACCUAUACUACUCGUACCUAUGCAAGAGAAGAUCGUCUGACUUGAUCCUCAGGGCGUCAUGGAGAUAUCGAAGAUACCCUUCUUUCACUUGUUAUGUCGAGAGCUUGUGGUGGAAAGAAGUUUGAUAAGAUGAUGGUAGCAAGAGUAUACUUUGGUAACUGGCUUAGAGAUUAUUGUAUGUAUAACCUCAUCAUUUCUUAAGCUCACAUUCCUCUCAAGCUUAUUACGAUCCAAUACUAAACUCUUUCUCUCCGUCAGCUCAAGCAAUUGAUGUCGGUACCGUCAAAUAUGUUUCCGCCGAAGCUAUUCGCAUUUUACUCUGGGUUCUUGGAUUCAUGACAUUUGGAUAUGGCACAAAAGAAUUUGAAGUUACUGCUCAAAGAUUGGGUUGCUAUCGACCAGAAGAUCACAUUGAUAACCCAAAGGAUUAUGCCGAUAAUCUUGAUGCUUCACAAUAUGAUCAUAGACUUCGAGGUCCAGUCAAUGAAGAAGUUGAGCUUGCUAUUGAUCCCGAGACUGGCAUGAAGAACUACAUUGCAAACGAACACGCUGGAAUCAUGUCAUCCGCUUUUCACGUCAGAAAGCUCUUCCAUGAAUCCAUUCGACUGGGUAGAUCUUAUGGACGAAGCAAGAACAAGGACGAAUUAUACGAGGCACUUCGCUUGUUGGGUACUGGACUUCACUGUUUAGAGGAUUAUUCCGCUCACAGCAAUUAUACCGAGUUGGCACUUAUUGAGAUGGGUGAACAUGAAGUUUUUCCACAUGUUGGGAGACGAACUCAGAUCGGACUCCCAGGUGUUCAGCACCCAGUUUAUCCAAUCAUCACUGGUACUUUUGGUGGUGUCGAUUUCCUUCACUCAGUAAUGGGUGAGUUUGACGAUAAAGCAACUCAAAGCGAAAUUCAGAUUCUUGAAGGAACCAUGGAAGAAGGUAGCCAGGGUAACAGCAGUCUUCUUAAAGACCUUCUAAGUUCAGUUCCUUCUGGACUCUUUGGUGGUAAGGAUCAAGCUGGUAAAGCAGAUGAGCUUCAGGCCAAUGCUUCUGCUGCUCAACAGUCUCAAGAGCAUGUCUCGCCAAAGGACCCGGAAGCUUUUACACUUCAAAUGCAACAAGUCGCCAAGGAGAUUUAUCCAAUUAUUCAGUGGCAUGAUGAGAUUAUGCAACAGAUUCGAGAAGCAAUUGAAAAGAUCCCUGUCCUUCCGGCUCUCAUUGAGAAUAUCGAGGAACAAAUCAACAUUUUUGUUUUCUCACUCCUUGCUCCAUUCGUUCUUCCAAUCAUCAACCAGAUCAAGACUGAAUUGAAUACGGGCUCUUCAGAGAUUAUUCAAAGUAGUAAGGAUAAACAGCUGAUCGUUUUUAACGAUGACCACUCUUCUGAUCCUACCCAUUCUAUGUUGUCUAAGGAUCAUUUCUCUAAUGUGAGUUUACUAUUCCCUCAUUGUUUGAUUACUUACCUCGAGAGUACGGUGUCGAACUUGAAAAGACAUGUCAUCUAUAUUCCUCAACCAUAAUUGAUACUAACAUCUUUCUAGAUCCUCAAUGAAUGCGCUGGCAAGAUCGCUUCUCAAGUUCUCAAAUGGGUUGUUCCUCAACUGAUUUCUUGUUGGGAUGAUGAACGAAUUGACCCAGAACGUACAAUUAAUCGUAUCAUCCAUGGUGUUUUCCAUCACCCGGCUCUUCGCUACUACGGUGAAGAUGGAGCUUCCGAUGGUCGCCAACUGAUGUUUAGAGUUGUAGAAGAAUGGUGGCACAACAAAGAUGGUGAUGAGCAAGAAGAAUUUCGAAGAAAGCUGAGCAGAGAAGGAGUUGAGAAUGGGGAAAAUCAUCUUGAAGGUGUUCAUGAUACUGGCCAUGGAUGCGGUGCACCACUUAAAAUGUCCAAACAGGGCCCUAUGAUGUCUUCAUCAAAUCCUUUGGCAAAUGAAAUGAUGGGUGGUUUAACUUCUGCAAUGGGUGGUGGUCAUGGUGGAUCAUCAGGAUUUGGUGGACAAGCAUCUUCAGGAAUCGGCAAAUUUGCUGGAGAAGCAGUCGGUGGUGGUGCUUUAGGUGGUAUUGUUGGUGCUCUUGCCGGUGGUCUUGGUGGAAGUCUUUUGGCAGGAGUCUUGGGUGGAGGAGCAAAAGAAAAAGCAUAUGCAUCCCAAGGGUACAACUCCCAGGGUAAUUACGAGCAAAGUUACACUGAAGUAGGUCACUCGGGUGAUCACUAUGCUCAAGCAGAGUACAGGCAAGAACAACUUCCUGGUGGAGGGAGACGAACAGAUUAUCAACAAUAUGGUCAGCAAGGGGGGCAUGGCACGGGUUACGAAGAAAUUUCCGAGCAGAGACCUACGUAUGGUGGAGGUUAUGAACAAAGCAACGAACGUAUCUACGAACGUCCUGAUGGGAGGGUCGAGACGGAAACAUGGCGCGAGGGGGAAACUGCUGAUGGACGUCAUUAUCAUGAAGCACGACAUCGUAGAGAAGAGAGGUCGGGUAGUGAGAGCGAUGAUAGUGAACGCAGAAGACGUAGGAGGCAUCAUAGAAGACAUCACAGUCGUCGUAGAAGUGGUAGUAGCAAUGGGGAUAGUGAUGUACCGCAGGAGUAUGUUCCGGAGAGAGAAGAGAGAAGAGAGAGAUUUGAGGAGCCUCCUCGUCAUGAACAUGGUGGUUAUGGUCAACAGAGAGAAGAAUAUGGUGGUUAUCCUCAACAGAGAGAAGAAUAUGGUGGUUAUCCUCAGCAGAGAGAAGAACAUGGUGGUUAUGGUCAACAGAGAGAAGAAUAUGGUGGUAAUACUCAGCAGAGAGAAGGCCAUGGUGGUUGGGGUGAGCGUGAGAGAAACCAGGACCCUCCUAGACAGGAAUAUGGUGGAGGAUAUGGCGAGAGAGGUAGUUAUGGUGGCGAAAGAAGAUAUGAAGAGCCUCAAAGAGAACAAGGUGGCCUUGGCGGCGGCCAACUUGGUGGAGGAGAAUUUGGUGAACUUGUUGGUGGAUUAGCGCAAAGAUUUGGAGGUAUGGGAUUUGGUGGAGGGCAUGGUGAAAGGGAGGAGGAAGAUCAUGACGACAGGAGAGAGGAACGUGGAUGGGGUUUCUAGGUUUCUAGGUUUUGAAAUGAUUAUUUAGAUGGGAUAUGAUGAGGAAUGAGGGAUAAUGAUAUGAUACGAUGCUUUGAGUCGUCGAAAAUCAAUAAGGUUUACCAGGACGACGAUCCGUUUGUUACUAGAUAGCAAGACUAAAAGUGUUUUCAAUGCUGUUAUGAUGCCUUUCACACUUGGAUCUUAUUAACCUAUACUCUUGAAUAUGUAACUCACAAAACUCACGAGAGUAUAGUAUAGUACAGUACAGUACAGAAAUCGACCUCUUAUAGAGAGAGGGCUUCUAUAUAAAAUCUAGAUAAGAAAAAGCCUAGAAUAUAUAGGGAUUAUAAUCCUCAUAAUUAAGACUUAUCUAAAUAGGUAUUAACAAGUCAUUAUUUGAUGACUGGUAAAUAUAAAGUAAUAAAUAUAUAUUAUAAAUUAUAAAUAUAGAUAAAUAAAUAUAAAUAAGAAUUGUUAAGAUGUUAAAAUAAGAUGAGAU